GCUGCCUCAGAACGCCAACACACUCCCUCCUCCCUAGGCUAAUUAGGGAGAGCAGGAGAGAGGAGAAAGAACCACACUGCUGCUUCUUCCCCAAAGCCUGCAGUGUUGCCCCAGGGUUUAAAACACACCUUUACCUACCCACAGUUUAGAGAAAAGGAAGUUUGGUCCCCAAAAUGGAGGAGAUGUACCUGCUGAACUACCCAGGGGUCAAGAAGAAGAUUCUGUCUGGAGGGAAUGGCCCAAUGCCCCACUUUCCACCGGGGACCAAGCUGGUGUUCCACUUCCAGACGCUGUUGGACAACUUUGAGCGCACAGUGAUUGAUGACAGUCGUAAAGCCAAAGCCAAGGUGCCAAUGGAGAUCUUUGUGGGGAAGAUGUUCAAGAUGGAGGUGUGGGAGACGCUGCUGACCUCCAUGAGGAUAGGAGAGGUGGCCGAGUUCUGGUGCGAUGCCGUUCACACAGGCUUGUACCCCAUCGUGUCCAAAGGGAUGAGGCUGAUUGCCCAGGGCAAGGACCCCCUGGAGGGCCAGAGGCACACGUGUGGAAUGGGGAACAUGUUCCACUACAACACUACUGGCUGGCCUGAGCUGGAUGAACUGAUGAGGACACCUCAGGCACUGAUCUUCAUCAUGGAGCUCAUUCAGGUGGGAGACCCCUUCUCGUACAAGCGGGAGUCGUGGAUAAUGGACAAGGAUGAGAAGAUGAAGGAAGUGCCCUCGCUCCACCUGCAGGGCAAUGCGCUGGUCAGACAGGGAUGCUUCAGAGAGGCUGCCAAGAAGUACCAGGAAGCUGUGGUGCUACUCCGGAUCGUACUGUCCAAGGAGAUGCCAGGUGAUGAGGACUACAUAGCUGUGGACAGGCUCAUCACCCCCCUAGUGUUGAACUACUGCCAGUGCAUGUUGGAGCUGGAGGAGUACUAUGAGGUUCUGGAGCAUACCAGUGACCUGAUACACAAACACAAAGACUGUGUAAAGGCCUACUACAAGAGGGCCAAGGCCCAUGCUGCAGUGUGGAACGAGAAGGAGGCCAAGAGAGACUUCAACAUGGUGGCCAAUCUGGACAUCACUCUGGCCCCUCUGGUGCACAAAGAGCUGAGGUUCCUCGCUGAUAGACUGAAGGAGAAAUACUGGGAGGAGAAGGAGAAAUACUGGAACUGCCUGGAGCAAGAGGAGAAACAGGGGAAGAAAGAGGAAGAUGAGGAGGAGGAAGAUGAUGAGGGGGAAGAGGGCAAGAAAGGGAUGAAGGAAGAGAAAGAGGAUGGUGAGAGCACAGAGACCAAGGUGAAAGAUGAGGAGGAAAGCAAAGAUAACUCGGCCUCUUCCAAAGAGGAAGUGAAACAUGACAAGCAGGAUGAGACAGGAUGGAAAAAGGCUAUAGAGAAGGAUGGAACAACCAUUACUGCUACAGUGAAGGAUAAGGCUAAAGUGAAGGAUAGAACCGCCAAUCAGGCUACAAUGAAGGAUGAAACAGCCAGUAGGAGGACAGAGAGCACCCCGGAAACCCAGCCAGAGACCAAUCAGAGUGCUCUGUCCGUGAUAGAGGGGAUGGAUUGGCAGCAGAAGUUACGACACAUCAUGUUCCUGGAAAAGGAGGGUAACUUCCUGCUUACAGAGCAGAAAUACAGCGAGGCCACAAGAAAGUUCAAGGAGGCUCUGGAGUAUGUGGACUUCAUUCAGAACAAGAUGGUGUGCUAUAAAGAGAGGAGGGAGGACUGGGACUCUCUGGAGAAGGUGCGUGUGCCGAUCACGCUCAACCUCAGCCAGUGUCUGCUCGAGCUCAGGGACUACCAGGAAGUGGUGGCGCUCAACACCAAGCUGCUCAAGAAACACAGAGAUAACUUCAAGGCGGUGUACCAGCGGGCCAGGGCGCACUCGGCUCUCUGCAACGAGGAGGAGGCCAGGAAUGACUUCCAGAAGGUGGAGCGUCUGGAGCCCAGGUUCAAGCCCAUCGUCAAUCAGGAGAUGAAGAGGCUAGGCGAGAACCUCCGGAACAAACACAUCAGCGACAAGAAGAACUACUGGGAAGCUACAGAGGAAAAGUGGGGCCUCAAGGGCACCAAGACCAAGGCCAGGAAAGUAAAGAAAACAGUGAAGUUUCAAGAGGAGAAAAAAGGAGAGGAGGGGAGCGUUCAGAAAGAAGGGGAGACUGUAAAAGAGGGAGGUAGUGAUGGAGUGAGAGAGGAGAAGAAGCCAGAGGGAAAAGGAGAGGAGGGGAGUGCGAAGAAAGCAGCCAUUGCUGAGAAAGAGGGAGGUAGUAGGGGAGUGGAGAAGGCUAGUGGGAAUAGAAGAGAGAGUGUAGAGGUAGAGAGAGAUGGACAGGCGGGGGUAGUUAACAGAGCAGGAGAUAAAGAGACAGAUAUGGCACAGACCAAUGCAGGAAGAGAUAAUGUAGCUACAGAGAGAUCAGGGAAGGAUACGGCUGUGGAAAGGGGCAAAUGUCACUCAACUGCCGCCCAGGAAGUAACCAAGGGAAGCACAGGGAACAAAGGCACCAAUGAGAGUACAAGAAGCAGAGCCAUUCAAUCCCAAUCAACCAAUAGGAGUCCAUUAGCCACUGCAGACCUCCCUAACCUACAGGCCACUGAGGUACUUUCGGAGGUAGCUGAGGAGAGAGUCAGGUUAGACACACAGAUGGAUAGACCUAACAAAGGAGAGGCAGAGGAAAGCAAAAUGGAUGAAGGGAGUAAAACAGAGGGAAAGCGUUCUGACGAACAGCCGUGUCCAUCGGAGGGGGCGAUCCACACCAAAUCUGGGGUCUCGACUGGAAAUAUCAAUCAGUCUUUCAAGUCCAAGUCCAAGCGUAAACACAAGAAAAAGAAAUAAAGGAUACAGGAUACACUGGCAUUGAUAUGAGCAUUAAGUAUCAUGUGAUGAUUCUCAUAAUUCAAUUCAGGAUCAUCGCUUGAGGCAUACACACAACACAAGCCGACGUUGUGUAUAACAAAUACAAAUUUUAUUUAUCCUUUGUACACAAAGAGUAGAAAGCAGCCAGUAACCCACUCGUUAUUUAAAAGCAUUUCUUUCACAAAGGUUUUAUACAGAUUAAAAACCGGCCGGGAGGACAGCAAUAGGGAGGAAUGUUAGUACAGUACAUAAACAAAUAAACAAUUAAAUAAAUGACACAUAAACAAAGUCAUAAACAAAAAUAGACUUCAGAUCGACAUUCAAAUAGAAAUGAUGAGUCUGUGUUUUGCGGUGGCGGGGGCAUCUACCUGUGUGUUAGCAUAGGCUAGUGUAUGUUGUCAUAGCUCUGAUUCCCAUAAGAGUUCAGAUGAUUCAUGGCCCUGCCAUGUUACAGAACGCUAACAACCCUCACUGUGUCUCGUAACGAUGCCAGAGUGCACGGAACUCAAACAUGGAAGGUCUCGCCGCUUACAUGUUGGGAACAAUGAGCGUGCUCGUUAACGGGUUGACCCCACUAUAUAUAGCAGGGGGCACCCCUCGUUGGCCAUGUUCCCGAAACUGUCUCUGCCUCGCUCUGUCUCUGGAGAUGAGCGCUUCUCUUCAAUCCCACCAAAGAUGGUGGGACUGGUUUCCCGCAUGCGGUCGCCCUUCUGGUAGAGCUCCACAGUAGUUCUAUCUUAGAACAUUAGAUGCCUCAGAAAGGGAUAAUCACAUGACUACAGAGAGACGUGGUGUGGGCAAUCUAAUUUAGUGUUAACACUCCCUCAGAGAAAAGCCUUUUGAUGGGCUGGUCUUCAAAGGGCUACAACAGAGGGCCACUACAAAGACAGUAUUGGCUUCUGGGAGUUUGAGUAAGAGGGGUACAGUGAAAAGCUACAGUUCUGCUGCAUUACAAACAGACCAUAGGAAUAUAUAUGCUUCUGUCUGUCUGACAAACUGCCGGCUACAGUGGUAUAAUCAUUAAUUCCACCUAGCCUCUCCUACUUCACUAUUGUCUGAAACACACAACACAUUUAUAUAGGUCUACAGGAGUUAUGGGUAGUACCUUUUGGUUUCUAGGCCUAAUCUCUUCCCCCAGUUAUAGUUCAAUAGAUGCAUUAUUUCAGAGAGAGAGAUGCUGCAUAUAUUCAGAGCCUCAAGUACUCUAUGUUCAGGGGGAUCAUCAAUGUGUAAUGAGAUGUGUGUUUAACAUUAAAGAGUUUCCAAAGAGUUAACAUUCUUCGCGUUGGGUGUUUUUCUUCACUCGAGCACUUCUUAGUUCCUGGAUCCUGACAUGUUAAGAAAGGAUGCCGGUGCAUGUCAGCGCUUGGCAAAGGUAGAACAGAUGUCAAUGAUAAUGACUAUCUACUGUAUGCCAGCUAAACACUAAACAGUGGCAGGCCUCAUUCAGCGGGGGUGGUUAAGGGAGGGGGGGUAUGGAAAUGAGGCGCUCUCUCUUCCCAAUAUGGUUAUUAGCAUUUCCAUUAUGAACGGCGCCCCACCUUGCCGACUCACAAUCUGCAGCGCCGUGUCCUUGGGGACAGUUCCCUAGCAACGGCAUCAAAACAAACAGACAGGCGCAGCAGCGCUCAACGAUGUCAAAUGUGAACACUGGCGCCUGGAGGAGAUAAAGUCUAACGAAUACCGGGAUGGGAUUCAAACAAAUCUUGUUCUUGGCAAUAAGGUCAGAACAUUCUCUGAAUUAAUCUAAACUAUUCGCAUCAUGCCUCCCUGCGAGUGUGGGUGUAAUAACUUGAUGGUUAUGGAAGUGGUAUGCUACAUAAAAAACCCAGAGCAUCUUUCCUCUUUUCCAGGAAAUCGCUCGCAUCCUGUCUGUCUCUUUCUGGAGAUUUGCUGUGGCAAGCACAUCAAAGUGGAUCGCUCCUUUCCGCUCAGCCCAGGAGUGCUAAAUGAACUAUUUUCUUCGUCUUUCCUCGUCUCUCAGAUCUCCACCCCCUCCGAGCCUCCCUUCCACCUCUCUUCCACCUUCCAUCCAUCCUCCCUCCAUGCCGCCAAAACCCUAUUUGACCCCAGCCUUUUCUAACUAGUCUCUCAGGUGCUAGGCCACUCUAGCGCUGUGAAUUCCCACUGUCUUCCCUUUCCUUACUCAUAAAGCCUCUCUAAAUCCACCAAUACAAUGCAAAAUGCCACAGAACCCAGACCCCGAAACAGAAUCUCACCUUGUAUGACAUCCACAUCCACCCACUGAUGCAAUCUUGUCCUCCGAUUGUGAAAACGCUGAGUGAACACACUGAGCCAGUCCUUUCACAUCUGGCCACAAGCAUAAAAAGAGAAAAGAAGAGCGGGAAAGCGGGAGCCAGGGCCAACUCCAUUCAAUAAUGUUUCAGGCAGCAGCAUGAAAACACACUUAUUCGUCCAUGACGGGCUCUGUUUGGGUUUAAGGCAAAUAGACUGUGCUCUGUCUGGAGUGUCACAUGAUCCUGGUGUGAUGGUAGCCCAACCCCACAUCAGACUAUCUCCUACUAUCCUAGGCAUGUGUGUACCCCUGAAAUGUUUAUAUAAGCAAUAUGGUGAACUUUCCACCCAGCAGAGGGAAAAGUGAAGUUAUUAGCAUAUUGCUUAUCUGAUCAUUUCAGAUGAAGUGCCAUGUGGAAGGGGCUAAGAUUUGAUUUGGAAUUGGGCUGCUGUGUGGAGGUGGUGGUACCCCUCCCUAGCCCCCCUAGUGUCCUGGGAGGGGGGGGGGGGCAGUCUAGCAGCUCUAGAGCCUGGGGCACCCUGCCUCCCCUUCUGUGCACACAGGGGGAGUGAGGAGCCAGAGUCCACAGUGGAGGGCCCGGCGUUUAACGCUAGACGCUUUCUCAGCUAAACACACUGCGCCGCGAUUCAAAUUGUCCUCGACUCGAGACCCUCUUCCUGAACACUACGAGGCAAAAUCACGGCCUCUCUCUCUCCACUGUUUGUGGAUGUGGGUGUAUCUGUUUUUUGUAUGCCUGUGUGAUAUGAAUGUGUGUAUGUGUGUUAGUACAGAAUGAGCGUUCAUCUGAAACAAUGUGUACAUGUGUCUGCGUGCUGCGUGUGAUGGAAGCAGUGAAACUCACUGUGCACAGAAGCAGCGCUGCCUGGCCUGGCGGGCACUUUGGCUGUCUUAAAUAAAUCCUGGGUUUUUCACUGAUGAUGUGUCAGUUCCACAGUGUCAAUAAGCUUGCUGUGGGUCCCGCUGGCUCCCCGGCAAUCUGCGCUGUUCUGCUCUGGGUACGCCUGCCACAGCCCCCCGAGCACUGCUGCAUGAAAUGCAGCCAGCCUGGCCCAAAUCGAGUCAACGCUGGUGCGCAUGAACACCCCG